AAGUUUAUGCAGCCGAUGACAUAAGAGCGUGUGCUCCCUUUCUCUAAGGCUAAGCCGAUCCGAUGCAGAAAGAUGUUAUGGCGUUGGCUGUGGAGUUUCAGCCGUGGAGUGAGAUCACCUGGAGGAGCGGUUGCCGGCCUUUUCCGCUCCCGUCUUCAGGAGGGGGAAUCCUUGCUUCUCGGCCAGGAGUCUAAGCAGACGGAUAACAGUUGGCAUGGCAAGCAUCAGCAGCACAAAACCUUUGGAAACAGGAACGUCUACUGCUACACUCCAUUAGAAGCCUUUACUUGGAGUACAUUGGCUGUUCUUGCUUUGGAAUUAACCAAAGAGGCCCACUGGCUGCAUUCUGUUCAACCAGAUGGAAGAAACACUAAAGUUUGUCAGUCAGAGCCACAGAGCGCUGAUUUGUCCCAAUGUCAUCACUCAGGGAAUUUUGUCUUCCCAUCUAGUACCAGCUUUGAAUCAGAUUCUUCCCUAUUGGAUUUGAAGACCAACUUAGAAGAGGAAAAAUUAGUUAAAGAAGCUGCUUCUCAAGUGCAAGAAACAUUUCAAGCCAGCAUUUCAGUAGCCUCCAACAUCCUUGGACUUGAAAACAUGCAAGCUGAACAGUACCAAAUGGCUUUUUCCUGUUUCAAACUGGCUGCAGAUCACAACUAUAGCAAAGCUCAAUACAAUGUAGGAUUAUGCUAUGAAUAUGGAAGAGGCACCACAAAGGACAUGACUAAGGCAAUCCUCUAUUAUCAGCGGGCAGCUCAUCAGGGACACCUCUUGGCCCAAUACCGCUAUGUUAAAUGGCUUUUCUGUUGCUGGUGCAAAGCAGCUAUGCAGAACCAGAAUGAAUUACCACUGAAAGAAAGAAUUUGUCUGUCCAGUCCCUGCCUUCAGAGUCUUGGUCAGCCACUGAGUGCUCACUUGGGACAGCCAGCUGUUGGCUUGCUUCGCUCAUGGAGUAUAGGACAUCUGGAAGAUAUGGCAGAUAAUUGUGAACUGCAAUCCUUUGAUGAAGUCUCCAUCAAACUACAGCCUUUCCCCUGCUGUUCAGUAGUUGAUUAACAUGGAUCAUGAGGAAACUUUCUUUUCAAGAAACUACAAAAAUAUUGUUAUGGUCCUAACUUAUUUUUUAUACGAUUAGAACCAGAUAGACAUUUUGAAGUUAUAUUUAUUUGUCUCAUAAAUGUAUAACUUCUUUAUCUGGUACUGAGGUAAAAAGUUGUUAUCAUUGAAUAUUAUAACCAAACCCAGGUUGGAUGUACUAUAUCAUCCUACAAAUUUCUGUCCUCACUAACAUCAGGAAAGCAGAAGUAUUAAUAUGCUACAUGAUAACUUUUCUACAAACUUGAAAAAUAGUCACCAAGCUAAUUGCCUUCAUUAAAUGUAUUGGAGAAAAUUUGUA